AACUGACAGCCCGUGUCAAGUUCACUCUUUUCCCGUGUAACCUCGUUGGAGCUAACACGCGUUUUCUCGGUGUUCCGUCGUUUGUUUCCGUGAAACAGAACCGAAAAAUCAACGCAGAAAAAUGGGUCGUAUGCACGCUCCCGGUAAGGGUAUUUCCCAGUCGGCGCUUCCGUACCGCCGCUCGGUCCCGUCCUGGCUGAAGCUGAACGCCGACGACGUCAAGGAGCAGAUCAAGAAGCUCGGCAAGAAGGGUAUGACGCCCUCGCAGAUCGGUAUCAUUCUGCGUGAUUCGCACGGAGUGGCCCAGGUCCGGUUCGUCAAUGGCAACAAGGUCCUGCGUAUCAUGAAGGCCGUUGGCCUGAAGCCCGACAUCCCGGAGGAUCUGUACUUCCUGAUCAAGAAGGCCGUCUCGAUCCGCAAGCACUUGGAGCGUAACCGCAAGGACAUCGACAGCAAGUUCCGUCUGAUUCUGAUCGAGUCCCGUAUCCACCGGCUGGCCCGUUACUACAAGAUCAAGGCUGUCCUGCCACCCAACUGGAAGUACGAAUCCAGCACCGCCUCGGCCCUGGUUGCCUAAGGAGUUCGGAGGACAGGGAAGUUGCUGCAUUCAACUUUUUCUUUUUUUAUUGUUUUAAGUAAAAUCCAUCGGAAGUGAAGAAAAGUGCGCUCCCAAACACACACAAUCCGAAACAUGAAGGUGUCAUGUUGGAAGGGGAAGAAUUCUAUCCGGUAAAUCUAUCCAAUAAACGGUUCACAUAGAAACAGUGUAA